AGCUCUCCCAGUGUUCCAAGUUAGAAAAAACUUUUACGAGGUAUCAGCACUUUUCUUUCAUUAGUGGGGAAGGAAGGAUGAAAAAUAGAGAACAGCAGUAGACUUUUAAAGUUUAAAUAGACAGGUCUGAGUGCCUGAACGUGCUCUUCCAUUUUACUUUAACCCUCCAAAGAAGUAUUCUGGUCCAGUUUCACUGCUGAUCAGCAAGGCCAGCAUCCUGUGAAGAUGGGUGAUUGGAGUGCCUUGGGAAAACUUCUUGACAAGGUUCAAGCCUAUUCUACUGCAGGAGGGAAAGUGUGGCUGUCUGUCCUCUUUAUUUUCCGAAUCUUGCUGUUGGGGACAGCAGUUGAAUCCGCUUGGGGAGAUGAACAGUCUGCUUUCCGGUGCAACACUCAGCAGCCUGGUUGUGAGAACGUCUGCUAUGACAAGUCCUUCCCCAUCUCCCAUGUACGCUUCUGGGUUCUGCAGAUCAUAUUUGUGUCUGUACCUACUCUUUUGUACCUGGCGCACGUGUUCUAUGUGAUGAGGAAAGAAGAGAAGCUGAACAAAAGAGAAGAAGAGCUCAAGGUGGUCCAAAAUGAUGGCGUGAAUGUGGAUAUGCACCUCAAGCAAAUAGAAAUUAAGAAAUUCAAGUAUGGGAUCGAAGAGCAUGGCAAAGUGAAGAUGCGUGGGGGACUGCUCCGUACUUACAUCAUCAGCAUCCUGUUUAAAUCUGUCUUCGAGGUGGCUUUCUUGCUGAUACAGUGGUACAUUUAUGGGUUUAGCCUGAAUGCCAUCUACACCUGUGAGCGAGAUCCAUGCCCACACAGAGUGGACUGUUUCCUCUCCCGUCCAACUGAGAAAACCAUCUUCAUCCUCUUCAUGCUGGUCGUGUCCUUGGUGUCUCUUGCCUUGAACAUCAUUGAGCUUUUCUACGUGUUCUUCAAGGGUGUCAAGGAUCGUGUGAAAGGGAAAACCGACCCCUACUCCCACAGCGGUGCCAUGAGCCCUUCCAAGGACUGUGGCUCCCCCAAAUACGCUUAUUACAAUGGCUGCUCCUCACCGACCGCCCCCUUGUCUCCCAUGUCUCCCCCAGGGUACAAGCUAGUUACUGGAGACAGGAACAAUUCCUCCUGUCGUAACUACAAUAAGCAAGCCAGCGAGCAAAACUGGGCCAACUACAGCGCGGAGCAGAACAGAAUGGGGCAGGCUGGCAGCACCAUCUCCAACUCGCAUGCCCAGCCCUUCGACUUCUCCGAUGAGCACCAGAACACUAAAAAACUGGCGUCGGGACACGAGCUGCAACCCCUCACCAUCGUGGACCAGAGGCCUCCCAGCCGAGCCAGCAGCCGAGCCAGCAGCAGGCCUCGACCUGAUGACCUGGAGAUCUAAGCUUCUAGCUACAGUACUUGCUCAACUAUGAAACGACGUGCAUUGGAUGAUGCAGUCAGUGCUGAUCUUGUCCCAGUGGAGGUGGUACUUAACAGUCUCAAGCAGGAGAUUUUAACAAUCAUAAAAACAAACAAGCAAACAAACUUUUAAAAUACUUGCUGGUUUUUUGGGGGGAUGUGGGGUUGGUGUGGGGUGGUACAGUACACAUUGGUA